CCAGGCGUACAUACGUACAUACGAUGCAGGCGUUUGAUUCUGUUUGAUGUAGAGGUGUCUAGGUAGCGUACGAAGCAGAUGAUAAGGUACCUAUUGAGUACAUGUAGGCCAUGUGAUGCACUCGCCCGCUGCACCUAUGACAUCUCGUUCUUGUUCUCUUCCUCUUCCUUGACUAGAGGACAUGUACAUACUUGCUAAGUAGGUACCUAUACAAAUCCACAUCUAUCUAUCUAUCUAUACAUAGGUAGUGCACUACACUACGCUUGCUACCGCGAGGUUACAUGGACCAGAGCGGGUGGUGUACAGGAUGUGGAUGUGAAUGAGGAUGGUGAGGAUGGGGAUAGGUAGGGAUGGAUGGGGAUGGGGAGGGACGAUGGGAAUGGGAAUGGGAAUGGGAACAAGAGGUACCACCAUCCCAAUGCCCAGAGGUACCGUCACAGCAAACAAAGCACUUGUUUCAGAGCCGCGUGGUUUACCCCAUUGUCCUCUGCCUGCUGCAGGCGUCUCUUGUUCUUGUUGCAUGCACGAGGGGAUGACUGCCGAUCCGUACCUACAGAGACCCCAGGACUGACCAGACCCAGCUCUGACCCAGGAGCCGAGAUCCUUCCGCCUGCCGUCGCGUGUUACCAGCGACAGCGCCGAUCCGAUAUUUUCAUUGGAUGCCGCCGUUUGUAUCGUCGAUAUGAGUCUCCAAUUUGGUUGCUACACGACAGCUUCUUCGCAGCAUCGAGACCUUCAUUCACCAUCCUCAACCCUCAACUCUCAUCUCGCGUCGCUCAUCGCCCAUGGCUCACACUACACGUCCGUUGUGGUCUGGUCUGGUCGUGGACGUGGACGUGGACGUGGAGAGGCCGCCGCGGGGGAACACGACGGCCGCCGGAUACCGACACGCCUCACCUCCUCCUCCCCACCCACCCGGCCUCCCUUCCAGACAACACACCCUUCCCAAGUACUACACCACACCACUAUACCUCCCUUCUACCUGGGCACAAUCUCAUCAUGUUCGCUCUAGACUAGCAGACCGCGUCUACAGUACCUACUCUAUCUCACAAUGCUUUUCGCGUUAGGUAUCGAUGCUGUUGGCUUAGCGUACGCGGUAAGUAACUUUUGCCCUCAGCUUACGGGUUGAAGAACGGGGGGACACGGGAACUGGGGCCAAUGACUUCACCGCCAAGCAAACGAAACAGAUUUGUAGUUGCAACGGCAUGGAACUGCUCAGUACUACCUACAUAUACUAAGUAUGUUACGAAGUAUACACUCCCCUGUGACUUGUCCGACUGGACAGGUCAUAUAACCCAUCCGCCAUCUUAGCACCAGCUGGCGAACAGGAGGCGUUCGACGCCAGGGCGCCCGCCCUUACAUACAUACAUACAUACAUAGUACAUCGUUGUUGGUUCGUCAGUACUAUUAAUGAUACGAAAUAAU